CCUACAGUAAAACGCAGCAGAGGAAGUGUGUAUGCUAAUCAACGCAGGGAAAUGGGUAUAUGUGAAUCAUUUUGACCAUCAGUGGCGAUUGGCCCUCACCGCCAUCUGUCAGCAUGCAAGGAUUCUACUCAAAGCUGGACUCCUCCCCCUCCUCGUCACCAUUAUUGGGGGCGGGCCUCGGGGGAGGCGGCGCACCGCUACCGCUCAGCCUCGCCGUGGAGACAGAAAAAGCUCAGGCUCUCCUGCAGACAUUCAGCUCCGCCUCCCUGCUGGCCUCUGCAGGUCUGGGUAUGUUCUGUGUGGUGGCCGACCACGUCCUCCAAGCGUCGGUGAUUCAGAACCACCUGUGGCUGCGUGCGCUCUUGGACAAUGGCACACACGGAGUCGUGGGGCUGUGGUCGUGGGCGGUUGUUAUAGGACUGAGGAAAAAGAGUGAUUUGUAUGAGGUUCUUCUGGCCGGACUGCUGGCCUCAAUCAUAGACCUUGACCACUUCUAUGUGGCUGGAUCCAUGUCACUCAAGGCGGCCGUGUCUCUCCCUCAUCGCCCUCCUCUCCACUGCUCCUCCCUCAUCCCCGUGCUGUGUCUCUCCCUCCGCUUCCUCAUGUGGAUCGCUCGCCUCAAAGACGCCUGGUGCUCCUUGCCGUGGAUGAUUUUCAUCUCCAUGGCGACGCACCACAUCCGCGACGCGGUACGCCACGGACUGUGGGUGUGCCCGUUCGGCCAGACGGCGCCGAUCCCCUAUUGGCUGUACGUGAGCACCACGGCGACGCUGCCUCACCUGUGCUCAGUGCUCAUGUACCUGACGGGAACCAGGGAUGUGAUUUCAACCAAACACGGCGUGGCCAUCGACGUUUAGACCCCACGGACGGAUCUGGUUUCAAUGAAUCUGGAUGAAAAAGCUGUGUGAGACCAUUUCCAAUACUUGAAAUUACUGGAGAAUAUAUUUAUAAAUCGGGAGGUGUUGUUGGAGACGCUGUUUUCAGCUUUGAUGAGGAGAGAAUUCAGUCUUUUUCUGGUUUAUUUACACUCACCGGGACAAAGAAACUGCCCGAGUACGAUCGAGGAAACACUGGCAUCAUAAAAACGCGGGUUUCAUUGCUUGGGAACAUCAGUAGAAUAACAAAUAUGAGUGCCAAUCAAUUUUUUUGUGUAACAUUUUUCAUUUUCCAGCCAAAAAAAAAUCAGUAUACUGUGCUUUUUACCUGCGUGGCCCUUAAAAGCUGUUUUACCUCCUGUUCAUGUACCCAAACACAUGUGGGCUGGGUUUAAAAAAGAAAGAUUUAUAAUAAUCUUUAUUAGAAGGAUAUCAAUUUGUAAAAUCCUUACAUGGACUGUAGAGUUGCACUUAGUGGUCAUAUGAAGUAAAAAGUGC